GGGCAUAAUGGGUAUGAUAACAACAGGACCUGCCUUCCCGAGUUGUUGGGACUAUCAAAUGCGAUAGAGUAUGUAAAGCGCUUUGGCAUAAUGCGUACGAUGCGUUGUACAAACUUUAAAAUGCCACAACAAGGAUGUCUCUCCCAAAUGAAUCACUGGCAAGAAAGCUGUUUAAAGGAGUUUUAGUACUUGAACUUCUUGGAAUCACUGGAGCAUAUUUGCUAUUUAAUAAAAUGAACACAAAUCAAGAUUUCAGGCAUACAAUGAGUAAGAGAUUUCCCUUAAUCUUGGAAGUUUAUUACAAAUCCAAUGAAUGGGCUGGACUCUAUGGAAUAAGGGAACAUGAUCAAGAAGAAUGGUUAAACCGCAAAAAUUAGAACCUCUUCAGUUUGAAGUUUUCUUCUCUCCGAGUCAUCAAACUGGUCACCUCAUUCAACCUCCUGUGAAUAUUUUUAAUACUUUUGAAGAAAAAGCCAGCUUGGUUGCAUAAUUGCUUUGAAUAAAGUCCUUGACUAAAAAACAUAUAUAUAUAUAUAUACACAUAUGUAUAGGUAUAUAUAUUUUUUUAAUUCAAGAAGGCCAGAUUCUAGUAAGGCAAUUGAGAUCCUUUACUAUUCUGAAACCAGUGGCAGAAAGGAAGAAUUUUCAGCGGAAGCUGUCCUGUCCUAAUACAUGCUUAUUAGUGUAAGGAUAACAUGGAGUAACUUAAAAACAUUGGAAACUGUGACUACAUUUAGUUUGUAUAUAGCAUGGAGCAUGAUAAGUUAUGUGGUUAAUAAAAUAAAAUCAGGAAAGUUGAAGUAUUUUGUUUAAUUUAGACAGAAGUAAUCACUAAACACAAGACCCCUGGAUAAUUUUUUAAUCAAUCAUUUAAAACUAGUGUUCUGUAAGUCACUAGGCAUUUAUUGAAAAUAUCCUGUUUUGCAGCAUUGUGGGGAAAGCUGAUAGAGAUUUUUGUGGUUUUAGGAUUGAAAAAUUAUUUUUAAUGUAAUUACAAAUUAUUACAAUUUUGUAAACCUGUUGGUUCAUUGCAGGAGUACUCCAGAAAUUUUUUAAAAUAUGCAGGGGGAAUUCCUUUCAAAGAGAAAUUAAGAAAGUAAGGAAGUUUUAGACCUCAAAAAGGAUGAAGAAAAGGUCUUCUGAAUUUUCCAAGGAAGCCAUGAUGGCAAUUUCAGUAUAGAAAGAACAGAACUCAAACUUAGUGGGGAAGAGGGGAAGAGGGAGGGAGUUCAAGAAUGAGAGAGUUAAUUUACAGUAAAUAUAUGUAAUACAUGAAAUGGUCUCAACAUGAAUGAGAAUGAGAGACCUAGAGAUUAUUUAAAUAUAAAUAUGAAUCAAGGGAAAGAAAAGAAUGGAGGAAAAUAAAUGUCUUUUACUUGGCACUUCAGAAAUAUAAACAGCAUUUUAAAGUGAGAUGAGUCAGUUGAAAGAGGUACAUGAAAAAUAAGAUUGUCCAUUACUUCAGAACAAAAAUACAAUUAACCUUUCCACAGUUAUAAGUAGAGUUGUAAAUAACACAGGCAAAGUGCGACAUAGGGAGGAAGAAGGAGAAUUUACUUCCUUCCCAUGGUGGCUACUAUUCUUUCACCUCAUUUCACAGCCCUAUGGUGGCAUAGGAUACAGCUGCUCCUGGCAGAUGUCCCCAAGGUCCAGGCUCUGUGAUGGCCUCCAGAGCUAGGAUGCUUGGAGACUGCCAUCCUAGCUGUACCCAUGCUGUUCUUUGAGGUCAAAGGAAUGCCAUGCCUGACACAGUUCCCCCCAGCUGAAUUUGUCCCAGACCUGAUUUUGAUAAUUGUAGCUCUGGUUAUAAAUGACAAAGAACAAGGAUAUGCAGUUAUUAUCUUCUUACCUUGACCUUGAAAUAAAACAGCAUAAAAUCAAUAACUUUUUUCAAUUGCCUUUCUUAGUACUGACCUUAGAGCUCACUUUCAUCUUCUGGCUAUAGUAGCUAUAGGAAUUUUAUAAAGUACAUGCAUGAUUAAUAAAUUUCACCACUGGAAAAUGAAAUGAUCACCUUCGCCUACACCAUAGGGAUAUUAUGAAUAUGUGAAUGUGCUUUAAAAUUGUUUUAACAGCACAAGCUAAUUUAAACCUAAUGCACUAUAUUAAAACAUUUAACAUGAUAGUUCUGAGUGGAAAUUGGGAAAAGUUGGCUAAAAUAAAAGAGCCUAAACUCA